AUGAUGAUAAUGAUGAGGGGUUGGAGGAGCUCUUCUCUCUCUUCUUUUUCUUCUGCCUUUGAUCAUCUUCGACAAUUGGGAUCGGGUAACCCUAGAUCUGCCACUUCUCUCUUUUAUUCCCAAAUCUCUUAUUUCUCCACUACCCAUUGCAAGAAGAAACCCAAGUAUGUGUUUGAUCAAAUUGAUGGUGCCUUAAACAAGUAUGAUCAGAUGCUACAAAUGCAUCCACGUCCUUCUAUUGUGGAAUUUAAUCAAUUAUUAGGGGCCAUUGUUAGAAAGAAGUAUUAUGAAACUGCGGUUACUCCGUUGAGAAAAAUGGAAUUGCUAGGAAUUUAUCCUAAUGUUUGUACUUUCAGCAUUUUGAUAAAUUCUUUUUGCCGCUUGCAUCGUUUGGACUAUGGGUUUUCGGUUUUGGGGAAGAUGUUGAAGUUGGGCAUUGAAUCAGAUACUAUAGCACUCUCCACUUUGAUCAAUGGACUUUGCAUUGGAGGUAAAGUAGCUCAAGCUGUGAGGUUGUUUGAUGACAUGGUUCGAGAAGGGUAUCAGCCUAAUUUAAUCAAUUAUAAUACCAUAGUAAAUGGUCUUUGUAAAAUAGGUGACACUACUCGGGCUAUCUAUUGCUAA